AUGUUUCAGCGACAACUAAUUGUUUUGGUCCAGCCAAGCGGAGCUGUGCAGCUGUUUCAACUGAUCAUCCGAAGAGAAGAUGAACUUAAAGUUCUAAUAGAUCGUUUUGAGGAUUUGAGUGCCUGCUCUACUAGUCGUCGUAAGCUCCACGAGCUCGGGCGGCAGCUGCACAUCUUUGUACUCAGCAACUAUGCUAACCUUAACUUUAGACUACAGAAAAUGCCUGACGUGUCUAUCGAGCCUUUGUCUCCAGGUGUCUCGCCUACAUGCAUCCAUGCUGAUGGACUUGGUAUUGCCAUGGGAUUGAGCAACGGCAGUGUAAGGGUGGUCUGUUUUCAUUACUGGUUAUUUGGAUCGAAAGAAUGGCUUCAACAACCUCAGAACAUAACAUAUUCUCUCGAGGAUGCCGGUGGAGGUGGAGUGACUUCGGUGCGCAUUCAUAAUUUCCUAAUCGCCGCUGGGGCAAAAAAUGGGGUAAAUGACUAUUAA